CCAGGCAUUUUCAGUGCCCACAUUUAUUUGUAUUUGUGAUCUCAUUUUGGUGCCAAGAAAGAGAACUGGCUAAAAUACGUAGAUGAUGGAUGUGCUACAGGUGAAGAUCAAAUGACAUGCUCUAUGAACAAAGGUUUUUUUUUUUAAAUUUAAUUAUUUUAUGUAUUUAUUUUUGGCUGCGUUGGGUCAUCGUUGCUGCAUGCGGGCUUUCUCUAGUUGCCGUGAGAGGGGGCUGCUCUUCGUUGUGGUACACGGUCUUCUCAUUGCGGUGGCUUCUCUUGUUGCGGAGCACGAACUCCAGGCGCGCAGGCUUCAGCAGUUGUGGCUCGUGAGCUCUAGAGCGCAGGCCCAGUAGUUGUGGCGCACGGGCCUAGUUGCUCCGCGGCAUGUGGGAUCUUCCCGGACCAGGGCUCGAACCCAUUUCCCCUACAUUGGCAGGCAGAUUCUUAACCACUGCACCACCAGGGAAGCCCUGAGCAAAGGUUUUUCAGCAAAUUAAUUAAAGAAAAGUGGUGAGAGAAUUGAUUCUUCCCUACAGCACAAAGUAGCGUGAAUGACAAAAUCAAAAGAACCUGUGCAGUCGUAGGCCAGAACUGUGUUUAUCUGCUAAGUGGCUAUUUAGUUUGGCAAAAUUUGAAUUUCAUUGGUUUUCAGUUUUGUUUAUGUUUAAUUUCUAUUCAUUCUUUCAUCAAAUAUUUAUUCUUUGGCUUUUAUGAUUAUGUAAGAGCUUUAGGAGAGAGAUUACUCCUAGUUUUGUGUAUAAAUGUAUUUAAGAAACAAUACAAUAAUUUAAAUCCAUCGUAGGGGUCUGCAAGAAUGGUUUUCUUUAAAAAAAAAAAUACAUCACUCAAUUUUUAGCAACACUGACUUAGAUAUUCAUCGUCCUCUAUCCCCUUACAGCUUAGACUUAGCAAAUAAAGCUCUAUUAUAAAGCUAAAGGCAUAGCCGAUUGUGUAGACACAGGUGGUGCUGCCCUAGCUAUGAAGGCCCAUUGCUUUAUUGAUCUCUGGCAUUUGUUUUCAGCUUAUAGGAACUCCACCUGGGGCCUUGAAACAAAACCUUUUGUCUCCUUGACAAAUUAUUACCAAUUUCUAAAAGAAUAAUACUAAGAAGAUAAACCCACCAAGAAUGUAUUUAAAGGACCAGGCAGCUGCUGAGCCCCAACACGUUUUUUAAUCUAUUUUUUAUUUUUGGCUGCGUUGGAUCUUCGUUGCUUCGCGUGGGCUUUCUCUAGUUGCGGCGAGCAGGGGCUACUCUUCGUCGCGGUGCGCGGGCUUCUCAUUGCGGUGGCUUCUCUCCUCGCAGAGCUCGGGCUCAAGGCAGGCGGGCUUCAGUAGCUGUGUGAGCCUCGACACUUUUCAUGCUCACAGCGCACAGAGAAAAUGUUCUUCAAGGGAAGAACCUGGCUUUGGUUAUACACAGGUAUCAUUCUAGGAAGUGAGCUGGAUAGCCCAGAGCAACACGGAGAACGUAAUUGUUAUCAGCUUAACAGGUUCCGUUGCAGCUUUCCGGAAGCAGAAGAAUACUGUCGUGCUCAGAGAGUACACCCUGCUUUCACUUGGAACCAGGAGGUUCAAGACCUCCUCCGGGACUUUCUGGAAGAAGGAAAGAAGUGGUGGGUUGGGGAAAAUUUAACGCUGCUGGGAAAACAUCAAGAGAAAAACAACCCAACAGAUGUCACAGCCCACUGGGCCCCCGCGCCCACCUGCAUUUACCUGUUCCAAAACCCCAGUCGGAUCUCGUCAAAAGUGGACUUGUGCUCACUGGGGCAUUAGUUCAUUUGCCAGGCUGAUGCCUUUUCAGACCAAGAUGCCAGUUAUGAAAGAAAUGGGAAUAAUUCUCAUUCACAUAGGAAACCCAAGAGGACAAAAAGAAGUCACAAUACCGAGAAACAAAAUGACCUCAGUACGCAGGCCUCUCACUGUUGUGGCCUCUCCCGUUGCGGAGCACAGGCUCCGGACGCACAGGCUCAGUGGCCAUGGCUCACGGACCCAGUCGCUCCGCGGCAUGUGGGAUCCUCCCGGACCGUGGCACGAACCCGUGUCCCCUGCAUCGGCAGGCGGACUCUCAACCACUGCGCCACCAGGGAAGCCCCAACCAACAUUCUUAAAAUGUUGCCAGAAGGAAGGAAAACAAAGUCCAAGACCCCACGCCAUUCCAUCAGCCCAUUUCCUUCAAUACCACCUGGAGUCACACAGCAGGGAGUAUCAGUCAUGCCUGUACCUACCAGCCAGCCUCUCCCUGUGCCACCAGAGCUCACCAGGCCUGGAUCUGUAACACAUGCUGGAAAAGCUCCGAUAGAAAUAACUUCAAGCCCCAAAGAGGACUCACAUCCAGGUGUCUUCACCACUCAUCCACAAGCAUCAUUUCAGAACACAUCUGAUCAGGUCAUAGAUGAGGUAACAAGGAACUUUAGCAAAGCAAUUCUCAGUCUGCAAGCUCACGAAAAACUACAGAAAGCUUGUGAAGUCCUCGAGAAACUGGCAGCCUUUAUCCCAGGCUUUUCUGAGUCAGCUCAGGUGGGUGUCAUUGAUGCACUUAUUGACCUGAAUGAGCAGCUACUGCAGAGCCCAUUUCCGACCAGCAGCAACCUGGGCUCCAGAAUGCCUGUGACUGUCUGCCUCUUUCACUCCCUCAACAACAUAACGAAAACUAGUGAAGCAAGUCGGCAAAGACCCAAGGACGACACUGAGCAGGUAGAAAAUCCACUGAAAAUGUCCCUGCUGAGCCUCAGGCGGAUCCAGGAAGCAUUUCUACAGCAGAAUUGGCGUUCUGAGUCCGCAGGGACUCUGACCUCUUUCGCUGCUACCCUGUUGCUGAGCAGGCAAAACAUAUCAACUUUGCCUCUGAGCUCUUACACCUUCGGUUCCCCAGCACCUGUGAGGUUAGGCGUUCCAUCAGCGUCAGUCUUGGAGCAGCUCUUGAAUAAACACCCAGGAGUUAACAUCCAAGUGAUAACAGGACUAGCUUUCAAUCCCUUCAGAGAUUUUGAUGACAUGUUUGUUGGAAGCAUCGGAAGUGUGUUACUAAGCUCUAAUCAUAAAUUGCUCCAAGUCCAUGAUUUAAUGGAAGAUAUCAGUAUCGUGCUAUGGAGAAACGCGAGCACGGGCACCCAUCCCACCAGCCUCAACGUGAGUGCAGACUAUUUUACUAUCCCAGUGAAUGUCACUUCCCUGGAGAAAUCCCUCAUAGUGUGCGUGGAGCCUGAAAGCCCCCUUUCAGUGACGCUCUACCUGGGGUUCCAGCACCAGCCUAACCACACACACUUCCACCUGAACCUCUCCCUGCCAAAGGACAAGGUGUCACAGAAAGAUGAGCAAUACACAUGGGUGCUGACUCCAGAGAGCCUGCAGUACGGGGUUGGCACCUACUACAUAACAGCCCUGUUGAAUAGAAGCAAGGAGGGUGCCCAGCAGACGCCCGCCCUGUUCUCGGUGGUCACUGCUGUCACCCAGUGUUAUUUCUGGGCCAGCGGCAACAGCACGUGGGGAGCAGAGGAUGCCAGGUCAGAAGCUGCCCACUUCUGCCUCUCUCCCACCUCAGCCGGCAGUAAACUCAGUGCUCUGUCAUCUCAUUUGGGGCGGUCCAGAAAGAAAAAGCAUUGGAAGGGAAAUAAAUCAGCCUGGUUAAAAGGAGGAGGCGUGUGUGUGGUGGUGUUGACAGAGACAUCCUUUUUCACAUUUCCUUGUGCACAUGUGCAAAAUUCCCCCAGAUAUACAUUCAGAACUGGAAUCACAGGAUUCAAGGUGUUUUGCUUCUUCAGUCUUACUAGAUGUUGCCAAGCUGCUGUGCCCAUCAGUUGUCCCAGUUUACACCAGCAGAGAAUAAGCGAUCAGACCUUGUUUCCCAAAUCUAAAUGCCUAUGUUUGUUUUACAUGUGUCCCUUCCUUAGCACGCCAGUUAGAAUCGCUGUCUUGGCUAUUAUUCCAGGUUGGGCCACAGAGAGCCCACUUUUCAGGACACAGUGUCUGUGUAACCACCUGACCUACUUUGGCGGCGAUUUCUUCAUUGUGCCUCAGACAGUGAAUGUGGAAGACACAGUUGAGCUGUUCCUUCGCCUGACCAGCAACACCGUCGGGGUGUCCCUGCUGGCCAGCCUUAUUGGAGUCUAUAUGCUCAUAUUUGUGUGGGCUUGGAGAAAGGACCGAGCAGAUAUGCAGAAGGUGGUUAUCACCCUUUAUGGAUCAGAGGGGCAGAGCAAGCCCCAUCAUCUUUGUGAUUCCCAGAAAGCAGUCUUUGAACGAGGGGGACUGGAUGUCUUCCUGCCGGGCACUCUGUCUUCUCUGCGGGAAUUACACAGCCUGCAGCUCUGGCAUGACAGUUCUGGCAUCAGCCCUUCUUGGUAUAUAGGUAUGUAAAUUGUCACUGACAUGGCAGAUAAAAGGAAAUGGCAUUUCCUGUGCAAUUGUUGGCUGGCCAUGGACCUUGGAGACUGUGAGCGUGACUGGAUCUUCAUACCAGUCUCAAAGAAGAAGCUCUUUUCCUUUAGACACCUGUUCUCCUUCAUGAUUGUAGAAAAUUUCACCCAGGAUUGUCUGUGGCUCUCGGUCACAACUUGACAUCCCUGGACAAGAUUUACAAGAGUCCAGCGGCUCACCUGCUGCAUGACCCUCCUUCUCUGCAACAUGGUCACCUAUGUCAUGUUCUAGAAGAUGAACGGCACCACCACCAAGAGACAUGAGCAAGCUGUGGUGGGCCCAUUUGCCGUGACCUGGUCUCAACUGCUCAUCAGCAUCCAAACUGCUGUCAUCCUUUUCCCCGUCAGUCUUGGGAUUGGGCGGCUUUUCCCGUUGAUUCAACCACAGGAACCUCUACCUCUCUUUCCUCCCAUCCAGGCCUCCUGCCUCUCAGAUGCUUCUUUUGAGCCUCUCUCUCUCUCUCUCACAGAGAUAGUUGAGGAAUUAAAGGAAACUGUGGGAUUCCUGCUCAGAAGAAAUACGUACCUCUCUGAGUGUGAACAGUCUUCAUGGAGUCUUUCUUACAACAUUAACCAGCUGGUGAAGCUUUUAUCCAGCCUCGUCUGUUCUUACUUAGAGGGUCAAGGCCAGCGGGCAGGACCCUACUGGGCAAAUGUGGUUCCUGAAAACCACCAUCAUUUUCACAGUUACCUGCUCAGAGUUCUGCGGAGGCUCCAAGCUCACUUAGACACACUGGGUCCCGCCCAGGCCCAUCAGCCUUGUGACUUCCUAGAUGCAGUCAGCCAACUGCAAGAACUUCAGGAACUGUUGGAAAUGCGUGUUCUUCCCAUAGAGCAAGGGCCAUCCAGGUAAUGCAUCCCCUUCCCCAUCCUGGGCCCAGACGGGAAGCAGCCCGUCUCUAAUGGCCGGCUCAGAUGGUUGACUUACUUCUGCUGGCUCCUUCUGGGUGUCACUAGCCUGGCCUCAGCCUUUUUUACAGCACUUUACAGCCUGGAACUGAACAAAGACCAAGCCACCAGCUGGGUUAUUUCGAUUUUAUCAUUGCUUCAGAACACCUUCAUCACCAGUAAAGUGGUUAAGAAUCCGCCUGCCAGUGCAGGGGACACGAGUUUGAGCCCUGGUCCGGGAAGAUCCCACAUGUCGUGGAGCGUGAUCUUCCUCACAUUGUUUUACUCACUGCUGCUGAACAGGAUGCUGUGGCUUCACAAAGAGAAGGAACAUCAGACCAAGAGGAUCUUGGCAGUCUUGGCAAGAUGUCCUUCAUCAUUACCCGGUUCAAGAGAUGAAAACAACCCCAUCUACAUAGCCCCAGCUAUGAAUGGUCCAGUUAAGCGCCCAGAAAGAACCUUGAAAGAGAAGAAAUUCUUCAAGUUGACAGGAGAUAUUUUGGUACAAAUACUUUUCCUUAUCCCGUUGAUGACUGCAGUCUACUCAGCACACAACUCCAGUAGAUUUUACCUCCGUCAAGCUAUCCACAAGAGCUUUCCUUACCGCUUCUCAGAGAUCAAACUUCUUAAGCAUUUCUACCCCUGGGCCAGUAGCACCCUCCUUCCUAACCUGUACAGCAAUUACAGAGGUAAGAACACAGUCCUGGGGCCCACCUGCAAAUGGGAGGUGCAGUUGGUUUUCCAAACACCCCUGCAGUAACCCAUUAGAACACUGGAGAAAGGUCCGCUGGCUUUUUCAAAAUGACUGCACCUCUGUGGGCACCCAAAGGUCCACUCCCAGGGCCCCAUCUAAGCAGGUUCAGGUUUAUGUCUGUUCACCCAAGGGUGAUCAGGCCCAUGAAGGCUGAUUCCCACUGAUGAGUUUCACAAGAGGCUGAUAAACAAAAUUGAGAAUUUAUUCACUAACAACAUGAAAAGUAACUGGAGUGAUCCCUGGGACUGGUUGCCUCCUUGUGAAGGAGGGAACCGCAUAUGUGGCAGCCCUGUGUCAAGCAAAUUCAUUGGCGCCACUUCUCCAACAGCAUUUGCUCACUUCGUGUCUCUGUGUCACAUUUGGUUUAACCUGCUGUUUGGAUGGAGCAUCUCUGACUACCGAACUUUUCUCAGUUCACCAGUGACUGUUGUUGGUCUCCUGAUGGGAAUCUCUCAUCACAAGGAGGUUAUUGCUUUAAACCCAGUCCUGGGCUCCCUUCUUAUCCUCCUAACCAGUGUCGUUUUGAUGGUACUUGUGAUCAUUAACCUUUUUGUUUCUGCCAUUUUAAUGGCCUUUGGUAAAGAAAGAAAGUCCUUUAAGACUCAGAAAGAAGCUGCACUGAUGGAUAUGCUGCUACUGAAGCUCUCAAGUUUGUUAGGAAAACAGCGGCACCAGAACACAUGGUUAACACUGCAAGAGUGGUGCAGGAUAAACCAGCUCUGCUGCCAAACAAACACCAAGUAACAUCAUUCAUGUUCCAGGAUGACUGUGGGAAAUAUGAGUCAGA